AUGGCCGAUGCUAAAACUUCCUGGCUUGAUACAGUCUUGCCUCUUGCUCUUCUUUCUGCCCUGAUCUGUUCUACCAGUGCUGCUUCAUUUCAGCAUUACCAAAACAUCCAGAAAGAUCCAGACUACCUAAUGAAAAACUUGCAAAGGCUUCCAAGUCCAGAUAUGAUCAAAGCCCUGGAAUAUAUAGAAAACCUCAGAAAACAAACUAGCAAUGGAGAAACAACCCCAGAUGAUAACUCCUAUCAAGGUGUCCCAUUUGUUCUGCAGUCAAAAGAAAGCAAAGAUCACCAUUACUUACCAGACAAUUUAAGAGAAUCUUUGUCAGAAGAUGAGUCGCAGUGGGUUAAGGCAAUGUUGGAAGCUCUAAGACGAGGCGAAAAAGAAUCAAAGGGAGCCUCAAAAGAAAGUAAACUCUAUCCCAUGAGUUCAGACAACAUCUUCCUAGAUGGCAUAACCGAUGAUUAUGAUGACCGCACUUGGCCUGAUACACGGCACAAACAUUCUAAGAUACCACAUAUAUACUUAGAAGAAAAUUCACGGGAUAGUCCUUAUAAACGGACAAAUGAAAUAGUGGAAGAACAGUACACACCCCAAAGUCUCGCUACCUUAGAAUCAGUAUUUCAAGAACUGGGGAAGAUGAUGGGGCCAAAUAACCUAAAAAAGGAGAGGUUUGAUGAGGAACAGAAAUUGUAUGCUGAUGAUGAAGAUGAUGCCUAUAAAGGAAAUAACAUUGCUUAUGAAGAUGUUGUGGGAGGAGAGGACUGGAAUCCAAUAGAGGAAAAAGUGGAAAGUCAAACCCAAGAAGAGAUAAGAGACAGUAAGGAGCAAAUUGAGAAAAAUGAAGAGGAAACGGAUGAUGAAGCAAUGAGAUCAGGUGUCCUGGAGGAUGGUAUGAAAAGAGAGAACAAAGACGAAGUGUCCGAUGAUGUUUCAAAGUUGAUGGAUUAUUAUUUGAAAAAGAUGAUAAACAGUGCUGGAAAUGACAAUCAAAGGGCCAAGCAAAAUGAAGACAAAAGGGCUGCCAGAUUGUUUGGAAAGCAACUUGAUCCUCAGGCUAUUUAUCAGUUAAUAGAAAUCUCAAGGAAUUUACAAAUCCCACCUGAGGAUUUAAUUGAGAUGCUGAGAGCUGGGGAUAAACAGAGUGAAAACGAACAAGAGCCUGAACUCCCAGAAGACCUUGAUGAAAUUAAUGUAGACAAUUCAGACUUAUUCAAAAAUAAAAUAAGCUCUUUGAAUGGUUAUAGAAAGCAGCGACUUAAUUUGAUGCCAGAUAACCUGCCAGAAGAGCUCACUGUUGAAGAUAUCAUCAAUCUUUUAGGGACUGAAAAUGUGGGCAAUCAGAAACUGCCCUAUCCUGUAAAUCAACUCAAUCAAGAAAAUGAUUUGCCAAGAGUGCCCUAUAUGCCUGGAAGAUCUACAGGGCGCCAGCUUCCUAAAGCUGCUUGGUCAAACCAUUUGGAAAGACGACAAAUGGAACAGGAAUCACUAAAUGAAAAGGAAGAAGACUUGGCAAACUACUUAGCCACGGUGCUGGCAAAAUAUCCUGAAGUUGUUAAUACAGGUCAGGUGAAACAAAUUCCACUUGCAGUUUCAUCUGAGGAUGACUUGCAAGAAGAUGACCAAUUUGAGCAAGCUAUCAAAGAACAUCUAAGCCAACUUGGAACUCAAGAAUCAGACAAGUUCACCUCACUCAACAAAAGGCUGUCAAUGGCCCAAGAGAAUGACGACACACAAAACAGACCAUAUAUGGACGAGGAUAUGCUAGCCAAGGUUCUAGAAUAUCUAAAUCAGGAGAAGUCUGAAAGGGGGAGAGACCACAUUACCAAAAGGGCAAUGGAAAAUAUGUAG